AUGGCGAAUCACAACACAGACGCCCCCAAGGGCAGAAAAGGCCUGCCUUUCCUGAAGAAUCCCAUGUCGACGCUUCUUGCGAGGAGGAAGACGAGCCAGAAUGCCCCCGACUUGACGCCCCUGCCGCUAGGAGGAACCAGGGCGGGCGAAUUGACCUACGAUCCCCGCAUCCGAGGCACACGUGUUCACGACUUCAGUGCUCCCCGGCCGAGACGCAGCCUCCCGAACAACGACGGCCCGAGCCCCGCUACAGCCCCGACACCUGUGUCGAGUUCACAACAGCCUGUAGCUGAAGAGAAGCUGGACCUAGGCUUGACGUCGUCGAGGGAAAGCACGGCACCCGCUCAAGCCCAGGCCUUCCAGCAUGGGAGGAACACGAGCAGCGCUUCCGACUCUGGCCGCUCGGGCUCGGUCAGCGUCAUCUCACAACCGCUGCCUGAGUCUGGCAGCGGGUCGGUGAAGACAAGAAGUAGUCUCAAUCUGGAGUCCAAACCUCUUCCUGAGGUCCCGCUCAAAGACGACUCUGCUCCCUCCUCCAGUUCUGCCUCCAUAAUCUCGAAGAAACCAUCCGUUGGUGCCGUGUCGGUCCUGUCCAAGAAAGCACCCUCUACAAGAGCAGUUCCGUCAAGGCAUGUCUCCAUGUCCGGCCAAGAUAUUCUAUCUUCGGUGCCCCGUCACAUGAAGAGUACGUCCUCUAGGUUCAGUUUCGAUAUGGUGGGCGCCGCAAAGCAAGAGAAGCUUCUCGAAGAACGCCAUCGUCAACGCGAGCUGGAAAGGAAGAUAUCCGACCCCGAGCCGAGCCAGAACCGCGAUUCCAGGUUCGACGACUUUGACGAAGACUUUGACUACGAUGCGAUGAUGGACGAUGACGGAUUCGAAGAGCCGAUCCCCAUGAGCAACGAUUUUGGAGACGACUACGGGUACGAGGAGGACUUUGAUGCUGGAGGCACAGAUCCUUUGGGUGUAGAUGCCGAUGAGGACUUUGAUGCCGCUGGGGCCGAUCCCCUAGGACUUGAUGCGGUCCUAGAGGUUGAGGUUGAGGCUGAAGAAGACGACCCUGACAACGACCAGGAGAACUUUGCUGGCUUUGUCUUUCAGCGAUCGAAUCCUCCGUCGGCAUUGGCCAGCCCACACAGUGCUGCUUGGGCUUCGACGCCGAGAGAUGCUGAUGGUAAGGUGAUUGGCUUCGCCUAUUCGGGAACGCCAAAUAUAGACCAAGCCUUAUCGCCUGGUCUGCCCUCGGACGAAACUGCGUCACCAACGACAAAAGAACCGGUUGCUAGACUUGCCAUUGAAGGCGUGCACAUUGCCAGCCCGCAGCCGCAGGACGAACCAUUGCACGAGCAGACCCAGCAACCAUUGUCUACUUCUCCCGCACCACCCAAAAAAGACGAUCUCUAUUUUGACAACGGUCUUCUGGACGAACUGGAAUUCGCUGGAGAAGGCGAUGGUUCCCACUUUGACGAGUCCAUCUUUGACCUGGAUGACACUGAUCGAUAUGGGCGGCCCAUUCCUGGCGCUUUUGCCGCUGCUCAAGCCGCUCGAGCUGCUGCUCAAGCCGCCAUCGCCGCCCCUGAAAAGAGCACCCAAGAAGGCGGCGCUCAGGACAAUGGCACUCAAAACACUCAUACCCAAGAUGCCGCUGUCCCGGAGAGCAGCAAGAGGAUUUCUGACAGCACAUCGCGGCUUUCUGCCCAAUCGAAUAUCUCUGGGUCAACAGCUGACACUUCCUUGAGCGUUGGGAUGCCUGCCCCCACUGUCGAAGAAUCGAAGCGGGAUAGCGAAGUCUUGACCCAGGGCCAAGAAUCCUCAGCUAUGACGUCGAGUUUCUCAACGACAGGACAGGACAAGGUGGAUGCCUACCAAACCGCGUUGGCUGCUGCAGCGUUCGAGGCUGCCGCCAACGGCCGAUUUAGGCGAGAUUCUUCACCACCUCCAAGCGAGCUUAUGUCGCCCGGCGGUGAGUCCUCACAUAGCCUGCCUCAUGAGGACAACGUCUAUGACGACUACGAUGAGGGUGGGUUCCGCGAAGACCUUGACGACUAUGAUGUUGACUACGACGACUUCAUUGCGGAGGCAAACGCUAGUGCCCUUGCCAACGACUCGGAUGGUUGGUAUGGUCAGGAGUUUGGUUUCUACUCCGCGCCCAUUGAAGGAGGACGUCACAGCAGAGAUAGUUCGAACGGAUCGGACGAGAAGCCUUUUGAAUACGCCAACGGCGGCUUCUUUGGGCCGUCGGGCGUGUCUCGAAGCAAAUCUGGCAGGAUAGUAUCGCGCGAGCCCAACCUCACGCCGAUCACGGAACGAUCCGAAUACUCCAACCGUAACUCGAUUAUGAGCCUCGCCGUUCCUCCUCUUGGGUCUGGUCCAUCAAGCCUCCAGAGCCCAGGUCUGGCCCAACUUGCCAUGAUGGCCGAUGGCGAAGAUAAUAUGAGUCUGUCGGCGCUCAUGAGACUUCGGUCUAGGGCGUGGGGUGGAUCGCAGGCCAGUUUGGUCUCGAGUCGCGAGGGCUCACCCAGAUCCGAAAGGGGUGAAGGAGGAAGCUCGCCCUGGGGUCCAGGACCCAGCAACAAUAUCAUGGACAUCCAUGGCCAUGCUCGCAAGAACUCGUCCUUCUCAAUUCGCAGCCGCGACAUGGACUCUUCGGAUGCGGGCAGUGCGUCCGGCUCUCCUACCUUGACCAUGUCCAUGCCGACUAUCGCAUCUCCCCCUCCUCCACUUCCGCCACUGAACCAAAGCCCUUCAGUAGUGAUGAACUCGCCUCACUUCACGCACAGCGCCGCGUUCGACCCGGUGCCGGAGACUGACGAGAUUGAUGAAAUGUCCAUCUCCAACAGCAUUUCUCACUCGGGCUUGUGGAUGAAGAGUCCGGACACUGCCAUGCAUCCGAACUUGGUGCCUCGGACCGAUCCCACCCCUCAACGGAGACCUGGUAUGGGUCACAAGCACAAGGGGUCCGCGGACAGCAUUUCGUACAUCAAAGAAGAGGAGGAGGGCGGCGAGACAAGAUGGGUGCUGGAGAGGCGCUUCACCGCCGACAGCGGGGAGGUUGAAGUGCAAAGAGAGAUUGUAGGAAAGGGCCAUAUCUAG